GUAUAUGGUUGAACGGCGCGAAUUAGUGAAGGUCGCUAUGCUACAUUGCCGUUCCCAGUGUACCUUUUUGUUUCCCUUGCGUUUGCGUAGGCCUUGGGCAGUCAGUCGCGGUGACGUGCUAUCUGCUCUUGUGUUCAUAUGGUAUUCGCUUCAGUCUGUGCGGACAUCUUGCGUAUUGUCAGCGAGUGCGAGGAGGCAGGUGGGAAAGGAGAGAAUGUGCUGUUCUCCCUGUGUCGUUUCUUUUCUACUCUUCCACCUCCUGAGCCUGUGCACUCCUCUCUCACGUCCUCUCCAUUCUUUAAACUUCCAGCAUCAGAAGACUUGCAACACUGCCCUAGCAACCUGUGCCUUCGCUUACUUUCUGGACAGCUGCUGUCCUCUUCAUAUACCCCAUGCGAGGUUAGCCACCUCACGUUCCCGAUCGCCUGUCUGUCUCUCCCUGGCUUGCCCUGCCUCAUUCUUUUGUCUCUUGAUCUUCGCGCUGAAUCUCGCAAAUGUGCGCCGUCAAAUCGCCCGUCGGUCUGACCCGACUUGCCUUUCCUGACUCACCGAGCCUGUCAUGCUCGUCGUGAUCGCGAAUGCGCGACAUGUACCAUUGGAAAUGACAGGAUGGAAGGCCCAUGCUCGAUGUGCAGGGUGCAGAACUUAGCUGUGAGGGUUGUGUUAAAAUCACCCUUGACUCCAGAGUUGUCCCACCCCCAGCUCUCUCCCUCCCUUCAUUCAGUGCUCAUCCUCCCAAGCAUGCCUACCCCCGACCUUCUUCGCGUUGAAGAGCACCCUCUCUUCGGCGUGAUAGAACUGCAGCACUACAUCUGCGAGCAUCUAGACUCAGCGUCUCGUACCCGCCUUGCAGGUGUUGCUGGGGGUUUCGAGGAUGUGUCGCUCACACAACUCUAUCGGGAGCUCCGUGAACCCUGGGUCUUGCUCAGGUUCAUAUGCGUUGAGCCCGUCUUACGUGAGGUCGGUGAAUGGGACGAGGAACGAGAGACGGGAUUCAGCGUCAUUGACGACGAGGCGUAUCACAACCUUACCGAUACGUUCGCCCGAAUGGAGGCUUACGCCAGUCUCGUCCGCAACGUUGUUUUCGACGAGGGUGCCAUCGGUUGUUUGCAAUGCACCGUCAUGGCGUUCAAAAAGUACACCUCCCUCCGCAACACCGCCUUGCUGCCCAAGGUGUUGACCGCAGAGGUCACCUGUACAUCUGAUGCAGGGCUAGGACUCUUGUCCUGUCUGUCCGACGACGUUGAGCUGCGUUUGGUUUAUGGGCCCAGCGUUAGCCAGGAUGCCAUUGAUCAAGCCGCUCAUCGGUUCAAGCGCGCCACCUUUGCUGGACAGUAAUUUGUUUAGCAAUGUUACCUUCCCCCUUCUCUCUCUUUCCUCGCUCUUUCAUUACUUACUCUCGCUCUUCGUACAAUGGACUCUGAUCACCCCGACUACAUACCCCGUUAGGUUUCUGUCCUGAACUUUCUGAUUUUAUCCCAUCUCUGAUCUCAUCACAUAUCCAUCGGUGCCUGCGUUUCAUUUUCAGUCUGUCAUCCCGAGCCUUGGUUGUUAGCAUUUCAUUAUAUCACGUUUAAUAAUUUGUAUCGAUAGCUGUAUAGAAUGUCAUGAUUCCUGAACCCCAUUC